UGCGUCUCAAGUCUCAAUAUUGUGAACUGAUCAUAAACUGAUACCUCAACAAAUCGUCAUAAUGCUGUCUCGUUUGCUGAAAGAACAUCAAGCUAAACAAAAUGAAAGGAAGGAGUUACAAGAGAGACGUAGACGUGAAGCUAUUGCUGCUGCCACCUGCUUGACAGAGGCGUUAGUGGAUCACCUUAAUGUGGGAGUGGCUCAGGCCUAUGUCAAUCAGCGUAAGCUAGAUCAUGAGGUGAAGACGUUGCAGGUGCAGGCCAGCCAGUUUGCCAAGCAGACAGCUCAGUGGAUCAGCAUGGUAGAGGGGUUCAACCAGGCCUUAAAGGAAAUUGGGGAUGUGGAGAACUGGGCUCGGAGCAUUGAGAUGGACAUGAGAACCAUUGCAACAGCUCUGGAGUACGUGCACAAAGGUCAGCUACAGGCUGCCUCCUCUUGAAAUAAUGUCAGUCGUCUUAGGGACUCUGAGUUUGACCGAUACUCCAAAGCAAUGCAAGGACAAGAGACUGCAGGCCAUUGCAUGGACGACCUCAGCUUUGCAAAGCCAAACUGUUUUCUGAGGUGUUGUCAGCACAGCCUACGGACCUCCCUUCCAGCAUAGCUGAGUACCAGCUAACUAUGUGGCGCUGUUUCUGUCUUGCAGGCUGUAACUGUUGAAAGCUUACGUUUUUAUUGUGUUCUUAUUCUGGAGAAUCUUUUGGUCUCCAGGCACAUUUUUCUUACAGCACCCAGACUAGUAUGUAAUUGUAAUUUUUUUAUUCACCUUACUAAAAACAUUGUUAAUUAAAUGAGUGACAAAAUAACACAUCAUGUCUUAGGAGAUCAGACUCUGAUGCAAGAGACCUGAUAAACUAUUAUCAUUAAUAUAUUCAUUCAUGUUUGUUUUAUACAUCUGUAACUUCUUUUUCUUCUUAACGUUAAUAUAUAAUGAUGGUACAAUUGUGUAUUUAUUGGCAUAUAAAUAAAUCUGCUCUUCA